AUAUUUUUAUGACUUGGUAAUUGAAACAUUGAAUGAUGAUAAUUUGAUAAUUGGUAAAGAUGGAAUUGUCAUGGAAAUAGAUGAAUCAAAAUUUUGUAAGGGAAAAGAUACUGACGAAAUUUGGGUGUGGUUGAUUGAAGGAAUGCAGAGACGAUUAGAGAUAUUGUGUCAAAAUACAUUAAACCAGGCCAACGGCCGAUUGGAUCUGGUGGCAUUCGCCCAGGUCCAGGUCACUCUUUGGAGAUAUGGCAUGGCAGAGCCAGCCAUAUCAAUCAAGUAUUAUUAUGUAAUAGUUAAAAAAGUAACAAACCUGAAAAAAUUAGCAGGCGUUACUUUAUGCAG